AUGCAACCGUCGUUGACCGAGAACAAUUCAAUAACCCAUGCCACCGGUGUCAAGAUCUACAACCGGCAACCCGACGCUGACCGCAUCGGGGCAGUAAUCUCCAGACAUGCCAAAGUCUUUCAAGACUCAGGAUACGCCGACGUACCCGAGGAGGACCGCCUCCGUGUUGUUUUCAAGCCAGACUGGCAUCUGAGAGUGCCCAAACGAUGCAAGGUGUAUCCAGCAGGUCCAGCGGAGAAGGGCAUCAUACGGAAGACAUUGGGCAAGCUCGUAGAUGCAGACAAGGCUUUCCGCACACAGAACAUGGUCCCGCUCGCAUCUCCAGUUUUCGUGAUCUGGAGGGAAAAAGCGCUCACCACUGCUCAGACAACAGCGACCACAGAAUCCACAUCGGCACAUCCAAUGCCAACAAUAGCACAUCCAACCCCACAGCCCAAGUCACCCCAGGCUGCGGACAAGGAGGAGAACAGGAAAGGACGAAUGGUGGUGGAUGUUCGUCCGUUGAACGACAUGAUCAUGGCGGAUGCAUACCCGAUGAAAACAAUGGAUUACAUCAUGUCUAAGGCAGCCAACGCGACACAUAUCACGACAUUCGAUGCCAUGGCUUUUUAUUACCAAUGGCGCCUGCAUCCCGACUCACAAUGGGCAUUCACGGUGGUGACAACUGAUGGACAGUACACAUUCAAGUGUCCGAUAAUGGGCUAUAAAAACUGCAAUGCAUAUGUGCAGCGCCAAAUGGACAAUCUGUUACGGGGGACAGCCGCCGACAGUUAUUGCGAUGACAUUGUGGUGGCAUCGAUCGGCCUGGAUCGGCAUCUCGCAGAUCUGGAUGAGGUCUUGACCCGACUGCAAGACAAAAACAUAUCGCUGGGCCCCGACAAAUCCUUUGCGGGAUUCCCAUCCGCCAUCGUCCUCGGCAAAGUGGUGGAUGCGUUUGGCAUGACCACAUCGGAGGAUAAAGUCAGAGCAAUCAGAGCGCUGGUAUUUCCCAAAACACUGCAGGCAUUGGAAUCAUUCAUCGGCCUCGCGGGAUCAUUGCGACAUCACGUCCCACGAUAUGCCGCUAUCGCAGAGCCAUUAGAACAACGGAAGACAUUGCUACUCCGAGAACAUCGGCGCCGCAACCCAGACGGCACACCCAAGACGGGGGCAAUGGCAAAGCCCGCACGCAAGGCAUGGUCGACCGCCAUCAAUGUCUUGUUGCCCACAGCCAAAGAAAUCAAUGCAUUCGAGCAACUCAAAACCGCUCUGACAGACAAAUCCACAUUGGCAUUCUUCGCACCCGGACGUCAGCUUUUCAUCGACUUCGACGCAUGCAUCGAAGGCAUCGGUGUGAUGGUAUACCACAUCGCGCAGGACACAUUGGACAAACUCCUUGCGACAACAUCAGGCGACAUCUCUAAGAUACCAUACCCCCCACGCACAGCGAUCCAGCCCAUCGCAUUUCUCUCCAGGACAUUGAACGACGCAGAGAAGAGAUACUGGUCCACCGAACUUGAGAUGUGCGGAUGCGUGUGGACGAUCUCUAAGACCGCACACUAG